UCCGCUUUUACGUGAUGACGCAAUUUUUGCCUUGUUGGAAGGUAGUUUCAGAAGAUAUCGCUGUGACUGUAGACUAGCGAAGAAACGCUGAAGAAACCGAAAGACAUUUGGAAGCACUCACUCAAAUGGUAUUUUGUCUCCUGAUAUCAAACGAUGUCAGCCACUGAGGACCUUCCAGACAUGGAUGGGACAGACCUGCUAGGGCUGCUGUUCCAAAAUGGAGAGGAUGGAUCUACUGAGCCACUCUUUCCUGAUGGGAAUGAGCUCAUUGAAUCCUGGCUGUCUGAGCAAGAUAUGCUGACAGGAAUGGACACCGAAGACUUUCUGUCCAGCUUGUUAGAGGGAGAGUACAACAUGGGGCCCGUCUGUCCCUCUCAUUCUCCCAUGGGCAGUGACAGCGGCAUUUCCGACGACAGCAGCACUGGGGCUGGAAGCAACAACCUUCUGGGGUGCCCAAGUCCUCGUGGCAGCGAUAGCGAUGUUGUUCCUAGUCCCAGCUCCACCCAGCCCAGCCCGAUGCACUGCGACCCUGCCCUGGCCCCUGGAGAGCCGCAGACAGAGAGCCUGGAGAUCCUAACGGUCCAGGCGGAUCACAGCUACUCUCUGCUGCAGAGCGGAGGCAGGAACAUGGAUGCCCUGCAGAGUGUGAGGGCAGAGAAGCCAGAUACAGACGUCUUCAUCGAUUUGGACGACUUGGUGAGUGAGGACAUAGAGGACAUAGAGGAGGACAUCACAGACGAGCUGCCCUGCACUUUGGCCAUAGAGGACUCGACACAAGAUUCAACCCAAGCCACCAGUACAGACCAGUUCCAGUUUAAAGAGAUUGUGCUCACUGAGGAGGAGAAGCGACUUUUGGGGAAAGAGGGAGCAUCGAUUCCCACACACAUGCCUCUUACAAAGGCAGAGGAGAGGACCUUGAAGAGGGUCCGGAGGAAGAUCCGCAACAAGCAGUCUGCUCAGGAGAGUCGCAAGAAGAAGAAGGUCUAUGUUGAUGGACUGGAAAACAGGGUUGCCAUCUGUACAGCACACAACCUGGAACUACAGAAGAAAGUCCAAAUGCUUCAGAAACAGAACAUCUCCUUGAUAGAGCAACUGAGGAAGCUACAGGCUAUGGUGAAGAUGUCUCCCAUGAAGGCCAGCGCAACCAGCACUUGUGUAAUGGUCUUCCUACUCUCUUUCUGUCUCAUCAUCUUCCCGUCAGUCAAUCCAUUUGGCGGAAACAGAGAACAGAAGGAACUGUACACACCCUCCUCCAUCAUCUCCCGGACCCUGCGCUCACUGCCAGAAAGCACAGAUGCCAUAUCCUACCCUGAGCCUGAAGAUGAGGAGCUCCUCUUAGUGCCCCAAGCCGAUGUAGAAAACGUUAAAGCCAUCUUUGCAGGCGGUCUGAAGAAUCAUACCCCCUACUACCAGAGGGUGGAGCAGCCUGACUCUGAAACAGGCGUCACUAGCAACUCCUCAGCAGACUUCCCCAGCCCCGCUCAGGCUGCAGAGAUGAAGGCCGGGCCCGCUGGGGGGGUAGGGGCCUUACAGGAAGGAUCCAUUGAUGUCGCAGUGGCGGCUGCUGUGGCGUACGAGGUCAAAGGGUCCAACGAUAACUGGAUAGACCGGAACCCCCCGUCUGUCAUACUGCAGCAACACCGCUCAGAUGAGAUGUAGUAGGGAGAUGUUGAUCAAUAUAACCAGCAGAGGGCGCCAUACUCCUAAUGUAGUAGGUACCAGAGGGAAGCUUCAACUUACAAAAGGAUGAAGGGGACAUGCCAGAUAUGAUCAAGAAAUGUUCCCCUCCAACAGCUGAUGUACUACUGUUACUUAAUUUGCACUUUGUUUUGAUUUCCUUGUUCCAGUGGGCAAAAAGAAUUGUAGAUAGAUUUCCAUAUUUUAACGACCUGAAGAACAGAACGCUGCAGUGAUAAACUACAUGCAGUAGCAGCACUGAGGGCUCUAAUUGUAUUACACAAAGCGGUGCCGAUGACCAAAACAUGUUGGCACCACUACAGGAAUCUUUAUAUAUAAGAACUGGCAGAAUAUUACUUUAAGAAAAGUAGUAUUAAGUACCGUUAUCAUUAUUUAUCACCAAAUCCAGGGGGAGCUUUGCUUGACGCUAGUCCGUCUGAUCACCUCUAGCAGGAUCUAAAUGGUAACCUAGGGUGCUCAUGAAUGCCUCUCCCAUAGUAAAUGAUUGUGAAAAUAAGCUGCAAACUAGCCGGAAUCACCCAUUGCGUAUUAGAAUAUAGGAUGCUUGAUUAUCAUAAAGCUUGAUCAAAGUGGUUGUUGGACCACCGUAACGCUUAAGCCAUUGCAGGACAUUUGGCCAUUUAGGAGACUUGUAAAGUUUGUUAGAAUUUCCCUUGUAACAAGGGUAUCCAUGCUCCUUUUUUAAUUUUGGAAUGCUUUGUUUUUAUGUUAAAGCAAGAAAUAAUGUCUUCAAAAUAUAGGACCCUGAACCCUUGAAGUUGUCAUUGUUGGCCAACCCCAGUCCACCCCUCCAAUCUCCUGUUUUUCAGCUUCAUGGGACUUUUAUUAUCUUUCUAAACAUGUCUGAAAUACCUUAGCACCUGUGUGCAAGGAAUAAGGGAUUUAAAAUGUUUUUGCUCAGUAAAACGGUGCAGUAUAUAUAUACUCAGAAAUGUAAUGACCUGUUUUGUCAGUGAGGCAUUUUUAUGUUAAACGAAGUAAAUGGUAUUGGAACUACUUUUUGUUAUAAUCGACAGUCAAAGAGAUUUUAAAUGUUGAUCGUGUUGAACAAAUGCACUGACAUUUGACAUAGUCCAAGAAUUAAAUGUAAAUACAUACAAAUGAUUGUAGCUCUUCUGUACAUUUUCAACUCUAUGUAAAACAUGUCAUCUAUGAUAAUAAACUUUUUUUAUACAU